AUGCAAGCUCUUGCAACGCCCGACAAGGCCGACCUCUUCCACCACGAGCCAAACCAGGCAGAAAGCUUCGAGCUUGCGAUAACUGCUCUCGACUCUCUGUGUCAUGAUCCUACGCAUCGAGCGACCUCCAAACCGGGGGAAGUCUCCAAGAAUGAUAGUCCUAGCUUUUCCUUUCUUUUGCAUGCUAGCAAUCCGACCCAGCCAUCUAUGGAUGCUAUUGUCGCUCGAGAGCCUGAAAGAACAUCAGAGAUGCCUGCUUGGAAACAACGUGAGACUGUCGGUUGGACCUCAGGGACGGUCGAUCCAAGUUUUCUUCUCUUUAAUCUACCAGACAUGCUUCUAGAUGAACCCCGGGACUAUGAGAAUACGGAAAACGAUCUGCUACAAUUCUCUGGCAUCUUUGGUCCGUCUGACGACUCGGCCGAUGCUCUCUCUAUGCAAAUAGUCGCUCUAUCAAACAUCCUUCAAGAAUUGACUACCAACAAGCCUCAACUUAGGGACGGGCUUGACCAAAGUUGCCAACGAGGGUUCUUUACGACAUCUCAUUUUCAGCAUGUCCUGGUCUUCGUAUUCCGUCGGAGACACUACCAUCAAGACACGAUACACUGGCCAACAUUUGAUCCUGAAAAAGCCUCACUUCACCUGCUACUAGCUGUGGUGUUGACCGGAACUGUUUAUCUUCAAUGUCUCAACCAAUCCUCUCCCUCAUCCAUCAAUACAUCACUACUCGAAUUGGCAGAAAAGUAUGUAUGCAAGGAGCUUAAAGAAUUGUCAGAUCAAGGUGUCAGUCCAGUUACUUCACGACACAUGCUUGAAAUAUGCCAAGCGGCAGUGUUGAUGAACACUCUCGAGGGCAGUGCAAACCACAUCGAAUCUCGCCGAAGAAUAGCAAGCAGAAGAAUUCCAACACUGGUCGGGGCGCUGAGAAAAGCAAAGAUGAUGAGUCUCAAACACGAGCCCGGCAAAAUCUGGGAAGAUUUUGUUCACCGAGAAACAUGUAUAAGGGUCGUUACAUGGACUUUUAUCAACGACUCGCUACUGGGGCUCUUCUGUAACCACCCGCCCAUUAUCACUACAGAGGAAAUGACUGGAGAUCUCCCAUGCCCAACUAGUAUAUGGGAGGCAGAUUCAAGCAUGGCUUUUCAAGAAAGGUCACAGCAUAGAGUAGCAAGGCCUUAUCCUUCAAGCUGCAGUGAAGCAGUAGCAGAAUUGCUUGCUGAGGACUGGACACCUGCUACUAGAGACUCCUUUGGAAAAUUAGACCAUUCAGAUCUCUUUUAUAUCACUUCAGGUAUCGGGCGCUACGUAUUUCAUCAUCGUACAUGGGACUCUCUUUGGGCGGAUGCUUACGAGCGUAUACCAAGGGAUGAGAGGAAAUGGCUCGGGAUAAAGAAGCAUACUGCCGAAGUUAUGGCUUUGUCCAGGCGGACCAUUGAGAUCAUCGAAUCUGGUGAAGCAAAGGAUUCUGCCUAUCUCCAGGAUAUUGGUACUUAUGACACGGCUGUCUUUCAUGACUUCGUUCAAAAGUUUGGACAGACAAGCCUUAGUACAGGAAAGAAUUGA